CAGCUGAACGCACCGGGCAGGGUGACUGGCCCGUGCAGGACGGGAGCGUUUGUGCAGGAUUCGCCCACGUCGUCGUUCCUCCGUGAUGCGGUUCUUCUCCGGGCAAAGAAAUGGCUAAUCAAGUAUCCGAGUCCCUGUCCGAGCGGACCUUUCGGUACCAAGACAGCCUGCCGCCACUUCCUGUACCAUCUCUGGAGGGCACUCUUUCCAAGUACCUGGAUGCAGUGCGUCCCUUUGCAUCGGAGGAGGAAUACCAGACUACAGUGGAUAUUGUGAGGAAAUUUAAAGAGGGCGUAGGCCGAGACCUGCACCAGAGGCUACUGCAGAGAGCCAGAAAGAAGAGGAACUGGCUGGAGGAAUGGUGGCUUGACAAAGCUUAUCUGGAGGUCCGUAUCCCCUCUCAGCUGAAUGCGAACUUUGGGGGCCCGUCGCCUUACUUGGAGCACUGCUGGUCCCCUACAGAAGGAACACAACUGGAGAGGGCCAGUGUUGGCACAUGGCACACGCUGCAAUACUGGAACCUGAUACGCACGGAGAGGCUGACCCCUCAGACAGCUGGAAAUAUUGCAUUUGAUAUGGAGCAGUACAGAAUGUUGUUUAAUACCUGCAAAGUACCCGGAGUUAACAAGGAUGUUCUUGUCAACUGCUUUAAGACUGAGAGCGAGGGUCCCUGCCCCUCCCAUGUGGUGGUGAUGUGCCAUGGCCGAAUCUUCACAUUUGACGCAGUUUGUGAUGGACAGAUUCUGUCUCCGCCGGAGCUGCUCAGGCAGCUGAGGUUUGUGAGGGAGCGUUGUGAGGGAGAGCCAGAGGGAGAUGGAGUCGCUGCUCUCACCACAGAGGAGAGAACCUGUUGGGCUAAGGCCAGGGAGCAUCUGAUAAGUAUCGAUUCAGCCAACAAGACGAUCCUGGAGACCAUCCAGAGCAGUCUGUUCGUCAUAUCUCUGGAUGAUGCCAAACCGUACUCCACCCCAGAGAACUACACCGCGAUGACCCUGGAGGCCCUUACAGGCGACCCUGCCAUCCGCUGGGGGGACAAAUCCUAUAAUUUAAUCUCUUUCGCAGAUGGCACUUUUGGAUCAAACUGUGAUCAUGCACCAUAUGAUGGCAUGGUGAUGGUGUCUCUGUGUUAUUAUGUGGACCAGCAAAUCAAAGCUACAGAUGGCCAAUGGAAGGGCCCAGACACCAUCAGACCUAUGCCUCUGCCCAGGGAACUUGUGUUCACUGUGGACGAUAAGGUCAAGAGUGACAUCAGCCAUGCCAGAAACCAGUACCUGGAGACGACACAGAACCUGCAGGUGGCGUGCUACGCCUUCACUUCCUUUGGAAAAGCAGCCGUCAAACAAAGGAAGCUGCAUCCUGACACUUUUGUUCAACUGGCGAUGCAGCUAGCCUACUACAGAAUGCACGGCAGGCCAGGUAGCUGUUACGAGACAGCGACGACUCGCGGGUUUUACCACGGCAGGACUGAGACCAUGCGAUCCUGCACCCUGGAGGCUGUCAGCUGGUGUCGGACAAUGCUUGACCAUACAUGUAGUGCUGACGCCAGGAGGAAAGCCAUGCUGCUGGCCUCCAACAAGCACAACAAACUGAUGGCCGAAGCCCAGAAUGGAAAAGGUUUUGACAGACAUCUCCUCGGCCUAUAUCUUAUCGCCCAGGAGGAGGGACUUCCUACACCAGGUCUCUUCAUGGACCCUCUCUAUGCUAAGAGCGGCGGGGGUGGUAACUUCGUGUUGUCAUCCAGUCUGGCGGGCUACACAACCGUCCUGGGGGCUGUGGUUCCCAUGGUGCACCAUGGCUACAGUUUCUUCUACUGCAUCAGAGACGACAGGAUUGUAGCUUGCAUCACAGCAUGGAAAUCUGACCCGGAGACCGACGCAGAGGCACUUUUCCACAACCUGCGGACCUCCUUCCAUGAUAUGCUCCAGCUGGCAACCACCUCUCAGCUGUAACUUCCUGCAACCACUCAACAUCAGAAAAAAGAGUGGAAUAUAACCCUGCUGUAGCAUCUCAUGGUUGGACACAGUCAGUCCAUGAAAAAGCCAAGUUAACGACUGACAGCUAGCGACCGUCAUGUUUGUGUUCUGCACAGAUCAGUGCAAAGGCAAAGAAUCAAUGCAGCCGAGGAUAAAAUCCUGCAGCUCUGUCCUUCUUUUUUUUUUCCAUCACCAGUGGUGCCUUUUCUGUGGUGAUUCUCAGAAGAGAUUUUGCAGGCGCUGGAUUUUAAUCUUGACAGUAUUAAAUCCGGCUUUAACAGA